CUUGGACCAGAGCAGCGAUGGCAACGACGUUCGCGAGCACGAUCCUCGCCCAGCCCACCAUUGCAACGAUGGUCUUUGCGUUUCAGUUUGGCGUCUACAACGACGUGCGUCCAGCCUUCCGCGCCUGCAACGAGCUCGUCGAGCUCAGCGCCAUGCCAGCCCAGUACGAGUUUGACGUGUCGUUUGCCAAGGCAUUCGCCCCCAACAACACUGCGUGGGACGCUCCCUGGCCCUGCUGCAGCCCCACGUACGGUCUGCACUACCGCCAGCGCGAUGACCGGCUGCCGCUGCACAUGGCUAUUGCUGCCGGCUCGAUGCGCCUCACCAAGCGCAUGCUUGGCUGCCGCCCCGACCUUGCUUCGAACGACGCGAUUCUCGUAGCUUUGUACAAGAACCGGCUCGAGAUUGCCGAAUGGUUGCUGGACCACCGAGCGAUGGAACCCGCGCUCUACGAACGCAUCGACCUCGACGAACACGACGACCGAGUGCGACUCGUCUACAAUGCCCUGGACGGUGUUUUGCCCGUCGUCCUCGCACGCGACGACACGAGAGGCGUCGAGUUGCUGCAGCGGUUUGGCCCGUGCCCCAACGGGAUGGACCAUGGAGCUCUCCGGCGCGCCGCGUUCAGCGCGACGCUCGAGAACUUGACGCUCGCACUGAACGUCUUUCCGUGGUUCAACGACCCGCACCUCAUGGACGACUUUGCGAGUCGAGGUUUUUUGUCGUUGGUUCGCUCGCUGCACGAACGCCACUUUGAGUGCUCAACGUACGCCAUGGACAGAGCAGCGGCUGGCGGCCAUUUGGAGGUUGUCAAGUUUCUGCAUUUUAACCGGACCGAAGGCUGCACGACCAGUGCACUCAACGGCGCCAUCAGCCAUGGACACCUCGACGUUGUCCGCUUCCUUCUCGAGCACCGCACAGAAGGCGCAUCGCCCAACAUUCUGGAGUCUGCCGCGGCCGGUGGGCACCUGGACGUUGUCCAGUACCUCGACAGUCUCGGGACCUUUGCCUGCACCGAAUUGGCUGUCGAAGACGCGGCGAGAGCUGGUCAUCUGGAGGUCGUCAAGUUUCUCUUGGCGAACCGACAUGAAGGCUGCGGCCGCGACCGCGUCGUUGCCGAAGCUCUCGAGGGCGGGAGUUUGCACAUGGCAGAGUACCUGAUGUCUCUUGGGUACCCGCUCGUGACGUCUGACAUCCACUGGGGCGAGGCUUGCGACGUCUUUCGCAAGCCCGAGAUGGUUGGCGUCCUUCGGCUUCUCGUCGCCCACGGCGAGCCGUGGGACGAAUUCUGGCUGCUGGAAGCGUGCGAUUCCAACAACGUGGCGCUCGUGAAGUUUAUCCACGCGAACUCGGACGCCAUUUGCCACCCGGAAGCCUUGGCGCGAGCGAUUGAGAACAUGGCGUGGGCCAUUGUGGACUAUCUUUUGGCCCACUGCACGGCCGACAUUGCGGUCGAGUCGCUGCAGGCGGCGCUACGCGGCGGUCACGUGGACCUUGCAGUGCGCCUGGUGGAGCGUCAGCCCGAGCUCCGACGCAAUGGCUGCUUGCUUUUGGACGCGUUGAAAGGCCAGCACGUGGAGGUGAUGCGGUACCUUCUCGCUGCUGGCUUUGGCUACCCGCCGGAGUGCCUCGUCGACGUUGUGGGUCGUCGAAACUAUGUGACGGCGAGCAAGCUCUUGCUACCGUACUGUAUGCAUGCCACCGACCAUCUUCCGAACGUCCUCUUCCUCUUGAGUGUGAUUGCGCUGCCCGACCGCCACCGCAAGACGACGCUCCAAGUGAUCGCGCCCGAGCUCACGUACCAAGGAAAAAUGUUGAGCUUGAGCGUCCAGCUUGCACCGAGCGUGGCCGUUCGUGCGACCACACUCUUUGAGGCGGGCGAGGUCGUCGACUGGGCUUUGGCGCUCGUCAUUGGUCAUCGUUGGGCAACGGACGUGACGGUCUGCAUCGAAGACCUGUCCAAAUGGACUGCUAUGGUGGGCGACACGGAGCUCCAAUCGCAGCUCACGCGCCUCCUCGCUAGCAAGCGCAAACUCUCGGGCGAAGCCUAAAGCCACAUGUAGCCAAUCGAACCUAUUUUCUCCG